GAGUUUUUCCUGCUCAACACACCGGCGGUGGAAAUGGUCGCUCUGUGGAAUUUAGGUGGAAUUAUUAAUAGGUUGCUUGCUCUCAAUACUGAAUUCCUUGUAGGACAAAACAGAGUAACUCCCCGGAGAACGACGACUGGGACUAUGCAGCAUUUUACGGGUUAAACCAAGCAUCUUCCUUCCCUAGGAUGGACAGUUACUUCAAAGCUGCUGUAUGUGACUUGGACAAACUCUUGGAUGACUUUGAAUUAAACACAGAGGAGGCUGAGAGCACGUCUACGACGUUCACAAAUUCUGCAUGCCAGGACCCAACUCCCUUCUCCCAAUGCUUUAUACCUGAGCCAUCCACAGUUUCACAAACUCUCCCUGAUGUUAAUUCCCUGCAUUAUGGCCCAACUGCACCUAUUAGUGCCGCUGACCAAAGAGAUCAAGAUACAAAAGGGAGGGUGUUGACUGGUGUUGACCUCCUAUCCUCUGUUGACAACAGAGCUUCUAAAAGCUUGACUCCUCCUUGUCCAGAUAGAUCUCUGAAACCUGUAUGUGACCUUGUUAAUGAUACAGGGUCGGCUAGUCUCCCAUGCACAAACAGUCAUGAUGCCUUCAAAGAGCUAGAGGUUGCUGAGGAACAGCUUGAGGAGGAGCUGCUGGUAGAUUUUGAUAGUCCGGCUGUAUUAUAUACAGAGAACGUAAAGCCGGGGCAUGAUGACUUACAGGGACUGGACGCUGGUGGCCACUUCGAUGGUCCCUCAAACUGUUUUAGUUUGCUGGAUGUUAUAUUGCCUGCGGCUAUGGAGAGGACUGCUGAACCUCAGAAUAUUUCCAAUGACCUAGAGCAUUUAGACAAAAAUAAGGUUGAGGUGCCUCAAAGUAUCUGUCCAGAGGUGUCUAAUUCAUUUGAACUCCAAAGCAACUCCCAGUGCACUUUAGAACCUGAAAUAACUCCCAACAGCCUAAUUUCUUCAAAUGUAACAGAGAACACCGCAGCAACUGCUGAUGUCAAUACAAGUCUGCCUAAAGUACCAGAUGAGGAACACUCUGUGGACAGCAGUGAUAGGGACCACGAAAUUACCACAGCCAUUCCCACCAGUGAAAGAGAAUCUUCUCUGUCCUGCCUCCCCAUGACUGUGUCCAUGUGUGGAUCUCUUGUGGCCUCUUUAGAUCAGGAGACGAUGGAGGUUGAAACCAAAGACAGCACAGAAAUCCCUCCUUCUGAAUCUAAAGAGACCCCAGUCACUGAAGAGACCGGAAACUUAAUUCCAUCUGCUGAAGUUGAGGCCUCACUAUGUCUUAGCCAGCCAGAUUCCUCACCUGAGGAUGACCCUGAACUGGUAGAAAUAAUGUCAAACCAAGAAGGGUCAACAGCUCUUACGACUUCUCUCUGUAACAGAACGUUUGAAUGCAGCUUAUCUCUUUCAGAAAAUCUCAUCUCUAGAGAUUUGCCUGAGAGUAGCCAAGCUCCCAGCAAUGCGGAGAGCCCUGAUUACCCAAUAGAGUUUGAUUUUACUGGUGAUUACCUUCCUGAAUGUGAGCAAAAUAUGAUGAUGGUAACUGAUGAAGAACUAGAUGCUUAUCUGAUGGGUGAGGCACAGAGAACCAACUCUGAGAUAUCAGCUGAGAAAUUUGUGGAUGAAGGCUUUUCAGAAUUUAAUGGGGAGUUAGAGGGAGAGUUACGAAGCUGCCCAGUUGAUUCAUUUGCCUCGCCUGAAAGUGACAGAUCUCUUCGGUUUUUAGACGAGAAUGAAGGUUCCAAUGUUUCUUCCUCAUCUCAGGAGAGCAGUCCCUUGAAACCAGACACUACACAAGCGAAUAAUAUGGAAGACACACCGAGCUCAACUGAGAGUCAGUCAGUCUGCAAUGCAAACCAGUCGCCAUGUUAUGGUGGAGCCCGACCAAAGCAGCUGUCCAGCCAAAGACCAUUUCUACCACAAGAAGGACAGAAUAGCCAAUCUGAGGAGAAUGUAUCCAGUUCCGAGGAGGAGAACAUCUCUCCUGUAACUCCUAUAUUGAGGCAGGCUUCCAACCACAGUGACAGUAACUUUGAAACUACCAGUCAUAGUGACAGCUGUGAUCAUAUUUAUGGCCAUGAAGAGCUUUCGGAGCCACCUCCUUACCCAGGAGAGACGUCUGGAGAAGCAGUCAAUCAGUCAGGAACAGAGGAUGGAGGCCUUGGUUGGAGGCAGCCACCCUGGGUCCCUGAUUCUGAGGCACCUAACUGCAUGAAAUGUGGGCAAAAGUUCACCUUUACCAAGAGAAGACAUCACUGCAGAGCAUGUGGCAAAGUAUAUUGUGCCAUUUGCUGCAACCGUAAAUGCAAACUGAAAUACAUGGAGAAAGAGGCCAGAGUUUGUGUGGUCUGCUAUGAAACUAUACAAAGAGCUCAGGCCCUUGAGAGAAUGAUGAGCCCUACCGGGCCUAGUCCGAAUCCUAACAUCCCAUCCGAGUACUGCUCCACGAUUCCUCCCAUGCAGCAGGCUCGAGCAGCAGGCACCCUCAACUCCCCGCCCCCCACCGUCAUGGUGCCAGUUUCUGUUCUCAAGCAUCCUGGUAAUGAUGGAUUCCCGAGAGAACAGAAGCAUGUCUGGUUUGCUGAUGGAAUACUGCCUAAUGGCGAGGUGGCAGAUACCACUAGGCUUUCCAUAAGGCCACGGAGAUCCUCUCAGGAGUCCAGCCCGGUUACGCCAGACCCUCCAACGCCUACUAGUAAAUUCCCAGAAGGACUUGAGGGUUCAGCACAUAGCUCUGAGACUGGUUUAGAGGCACCAAGGAAGGCAGUCAGCGGGCCCUGGGACUAUGCGUUACUCUGUGGCCUGGGCAGCUGUGUGCAGCGGGUUCCGAGUCUCCUGCCCGAUGACGAGGAUUGUCUGCCGCCGCUGCUCAUCACCACGGGAGAGGAAGAUGGAGGGGAUGUGUUAGUGGAGGAGCGUCCUGCUGCCUGUCAGAUUAUGCUGCUUUUAGAGGAAGGAGGGCCGAGACCUUUGACGUUUGUGCUCAAUGCCAACCUCUUGGUCAACGUGAAGCUGACUACAUAUUGUGGGCGGAAGUGCUGGUGUUUGAGCUCUAAUGGUCUUCAGGGAGUCGGUCAGAGAGAGCUGGCGUUCAUUAUUGAGCGUCUCCCUGAGGAGAACAGUCUGCCUAGAGACGUCUUCAGUCUUUACAUAAACAUAUACCAGGAUGCACAGAAGGGGAAAUAUAUUGAGGAACUUGGCAAUGUGACGUUUGCAGACAGUUUUCUGGGCAGUAAGGAACAUGCUGGCUUCCUCUUUCUCUCUCUGAGCUUUCAGCCUAUGGAGGGUCUUGGCCUGCCUCACAGCUCUUUCCUGUUUGGAGUUCUCAUUCAUAAAUUAGAGGUACCCUGGGCCAAAGUGUUUCCCCUCCGCUUAGUACUCAGUAUGGGAGCAGAAAGUAAUGUGUAUCCCUGUCCUUUGGUUAGUGUCCGGUUCCGUGAAUCUGUCUUCAAAGAGACGGGACAUACCAUCAUGAACCUGCUUGCCGACCUGAGGAACUACCAGUACAGUGUGCCUGUAGUUGACAGCCUGAGGAUCCACAUGGAAGUGGGCAACAGCUAUAUUGACAUACCCAAGUCAAAGUUUAAUGAGAUGCUGAAAGUGGUGAAUUCUUCCAACGAGCAUGUAAUAAGCGUUGGGGCUUGCUUCAGCACUGAAGCAGACUCGCACUUGAUCUGUGUUCAAAAUGAGGACGGAAGCUACCAGACACAAGCCAGUAGCAUUCAGGGAAAGACCAGAAGAGUAACUGGAGCAAGCUUUGUGGUUUUUAAUGGCGCUCUGAAGGCAUCUUCAGGAUAUAUUGCCAAAUCUAGCAUUGUUGAAGAUGGGUUAAUGGUGCAAAUCCCCCCGGAGACAAUGGAGGGUCUGCGCCAGGCCCUACGGGAUCAGACAGACUUCCAAAUCACCUGUGGAAAAACUGACACAGCGCCAGAGGACAGAGAAAACGUCAACAUACGCUGGGUGGACUGGAUAGCUCCCGUCAAUACAGGCAUCAUCAGCCCCAUAGACGGGAAGUCUCUAGAGGGCGUGUCCAGUAUCCACCACCAGCAGGACUCGGAGUUUGAGAUGGAUGGGCGGACUAUCAAGUGCACCGAGGUCUUUUACCUCCUGAAGACCCCAGACAGCUCCCACUCUGCCGUUCUCUCCUCCUGCUCUCAGUUCCAGAGAGAGAUUGCCACUGCCAGCUGUGCAGCACUGUGUCCUCACCUCUCUGUCCUCAUUGCAAAUGGAAUUAACCAUCUUGCACUUCGAGUCUCUACUGAUACUGACAUGGUUGAGUACCAGGCUGGUUCAAGCGGAAGCCUUCUGCCUCAGAAAUAUAUGAAUGAGUUGGAUGGGGCACUGAUACCUGUUAUUCACGGUGGAAGCUCCAGUGUCCCACAACAGGCCAUGGACAUGGAGUUGUUCUUCUAUAUUACGCAGACUCUUUGAGUGUGAAGCAUGAGAGCAGAGCCCUCCACUGACAGGGAUGUUGUCCCUCGUUUAAACCAAUUAAUAGCAAAGCUGGACAGCCACAGCCAAAUAACUGGGCAGACAUGGUAAACACUGACAAGGUAUGGAAAGUGUGCAACUUUUGCAAACUGGCUCAUCAAAGUUCUAAAGAAUGACAUUUUAAUGUGUCUUGUACUGGAUUAACAGUUUGUUAAUGUUUGAUGGACGCAUAAAAUUACUAGUAUUUUCUAUGAGAUUAGAGAGGAUGAGAGGCACUGCGUUCUUUAAUCAGAAGGAUUUUUGAGACAGUAGCGUUUGAAUCUGCAGUAUGAUUUUUUUCAUUGGAACAUUCUUGGUGUUACUCUUAGAAGAAGCUUCAUUUCAUCCCGUGUUCUGUAUGAAGGUUGUUCAUCAUUUCUUUAAAUACAACAUGUAGUCCUUCCUUUAAUACACAGGGGUUACUGAGCCUUUCAAUUUUUCCAAAAUUUGUACAUGGAUUCAUCUCUCAGUUCUGUUAAGCUUUUAUUAAGCUUAAAGUCUAUUUUUGCAAUAGUUACACAUGUUAAAUAAAGAUUAUAUUUUUGAUAGGCCAUUAUGUUAGUUUUGCAGUCUCAUUGCAAACGAGCUGAUUUUGAACCCUCGUCCUUGGAGGACCAUAACUUUGUCAUACUCAUCCAUUACACAUUGUCGAAUAAAGCAUUAAUAAUAAUAAUAAUUAAAAUGCUGAAAUUGUAAAAUUUGCUCAAUUAGAAAUAUCUUUUUGCUCCUAUUCUAUUGCAGUAGGAUUAUAUUUAAAAGGAGGCUAAUUAAAAUGGAAAAAAACAAAACCAACUCCAUACCUUAACACUACAAACCGUGAACGUUUUAAAUUAAAUGAUUUGUUAUUUUUUCAUAAAGGCUGUUUUAAUAUAAAUUGUUUUUAGUGAAUAUGUAUUUCACUUGAGUCAUAUCAAUUCAAGUGACAGUGUAGCUCUCACAAAUCCUCUGGUCUGAUCUUUAAGACCUUACUGACUUUAUAAUAUGAUACAUUUUGUAUUUCUUUUUUGUCCCAACAUCACAGUAUUACCAUAUUACUGCACUAUAUAAUUCUUCAAGCAGAAAGAUUUUUGUUGUAGUACAUCAUCUUGACAGAUGCUGAAGCAGCCUAAACUUGAAGUUGGCUUGUAUGAGAAUUUUUGUUUCGCAAUAGCCCUGAAUGGCAUCUUAUUAAAUCUUAUAAGCAAAACCUCCUGGUGGCACAGGAGACAAACACUGACAUCCAGUGAAAUAAUGCUUAACCCAGCAGAUUGAUUUUGUGUGUAAGCACAUGUGAGCAAGCACACAGCAUGAUCAUAAGAAAGACCUAAUCAUACUGCUAACAAGCUGACCAUCACAGAUGACAAAUUUUAAAGGUGAAGAGAACACUAUAGCAUAUUAGUAAACGAAACAAUAUAUUACACCUCAUUCGCAUUAGAAAGUGAAUGAAAAAUUAAUAGACUCCAAUAACAUUGGGGGAAACUUUUUUUUUUGGCCAAUUUCUGUGGUGGCUUACAGUGAAAAGAGAAUCAUUUGCUGUAUGAGAAAUUGUUGAGCUAAUUUAUUGAAUAAGUGCAGAGAAAGGAGAAACAUGUUCUUGAAAACCAGCAUAAAAUGAAGUUCUUGGAUGCCAGCCAUCAGCAGGUUCCAAAAUACAGAAUAUGCACUUUCAUAACAUGAACUUAAUGACCAAGAAGUGAUUAUAUGUUCUUCUUAGAUUUCAUGUAACGUGUAUACUGCAUUUUCAGUUUGUGAUUUUUGCCUGAAGACGAUUGUGAUUAGAUGGUGUAUAAUUCUACAUCAUACUUUUUAGGAACUGUCUCUCUUCAUGAAACCAUAUAAAAGAGCCUGCCAAAUUAAAUAAUUAAAUUGUGUGUGCAUUUUUUUAAUAUCUAUAUUUUAAUUUUAUUUUUGGUGGGUUACUUGGGAAAGGUUGUUCUGUUUUUUGUCUUUUUUCUUUUUCUUUUUUCCAUGAUACGGGUUUGUCAGCAUCCAGCAUACAAAAUACAUGCAAAGUUAAUACUAAAUCUAUGUAAAUACAGAUCAUUGUUAUGGACAGUUUAAGAUGAAAUGUGAUGCAUCUUAUAUGAAGUUCCUGCUCAUUUAUAUCUGGAUAUUCAGUUUGGGGUGGUUUAAAUUAUUUUUCUCACCUUGUACUAUGUUGAUUUAAUUGAUAAAUCAUCAAUAAACAGAUUAAUAUUUUAGAACUUGCAAAAACAAAAAUGCUGUAUGUGUAUCUGUUUAGUUAUGUAUCACAACAUGUAACUAUAUUUAUGUAUCACAUACACUAUAUGGCCAUAUGUGAACACCUCUCCUAAUUAUUGAGUUCAGGUGUUUCAGACACACGCAUUGCUAACAGGUGUAUAAAAUCAAGCACAUAGCCAUGCAAACUCAUGAAAUUUCUGCCCUGUAAGUGCUGUUAUUGUGAAAUGGAAGCAUCUAGGAGCAACAACAGCUCUGCUAUGCAGCGGAAGACCAUGCAAACUCACAAAGUGGGGUCGCUGCGUGUUGAAGUUCAUAGCUUGUAAAAAUAGCCUAUCCUCUGUUGAGCUGCUGCACAUAAGCCUAAUGUCACUGUGCACAAAGCCAAGCAUCCAAUGGAGUGGUGUAAAGCAUGGACUCUGGAGCAGUAGAAAUGUGUUCUCUGGAGUGAUGAAUCAUGCUUCACGCUAUGGCAGUCUGAUAGAUGAAUCUGGGUUUGGGAAAUGCCAAGAGAAUGCAACCUACUGGAAUGCGUAGUGCCAACAGUAAAGAUUGGCGGAGGAUAGAUAAUCGUCUGAAGCAGUUUUUCAGGGUUUGGCUAGGGCCCUUAGUUCUAGUGAAGGGUAGUGGUAAUGCUACAGCAUAAAAAGAGACAGUUGUAUGCAUCCAACUUCAUGGCAACAGUUUGGUGCUCUUGCCUGUUCUAGCAUGACUGUGUCCCUGUGCACAAACGAGGUCCAUAAAGAUAUAGUUUGACAAGUUUUUAAGUAUGAGGGCCUAAAUAACAAUCUAUAAACAAACAAAUAACCUCAAAGGACAACAAAAAAUGCAUCAUAUUUCACUAUGCAGUCAUUUUGUUCCAAAAAGUGCACGCGAUAAUUCAGUAACUUGUUGAACCUCCUUUAGCAACAAUAACUUGAAGUAAAUGUUUUCUCUAGGAGUUUUUCAGUCUUUUGGAGAAAUUUUGGCCCACUCUUCUUUAUAACACUGCUUCAGUUCAUUAGUUUGAUGGCAGUUUUUUAUGCACAGCUCUCUGAAGAUCUCACAACAGCAUCUCAAUGGGUUUGGGUCUGGACUUUGACUUGGCCAUUCUGACACCUUGAUUUUUUUUCUUUUUUAGCCAUUUAGAUAUUGAUUUGCUGGUGUGCUUCGGAUCAUUGUGCUGUUGCAUGACCCAAUUUUGGCCCAGUUUAAGCUGCUGGACAGAUGGCCUCAAAUUUGUCUCAAGAAUAUUCUGGCGUUCAUCGUUUUCUCAGCGACUGAAAGUUUUCCAGGUCCUUUAGCUACAAAAUAAUCCCAAAUUAUCACCACUCCACCACCAUGCUUGACAGUUGGUAUGAGGUGUUUGUGGUAAUACGCUGUGUUUGCUUUUCACCAAAUAUGGCGCUGUGCAUGAUUACCAAACUUCUCCACUUUGGUCUCAACAGUCCAAAGAAUAUUGUUCCAGAAUUUUUGUGGUUUGUUCAGAUGCAAUUUUCCAAACCAAUGUUUUGUGCUGCCAUACUCUUUUUGGAGAGAAGGGGCUUUUUCACAGCCACGCUUCUAUGAAAGUCAUAGUUGUUCAGUCUUUUUCUGAUUUUGCUGUCAUGAACAUAAACAUUUAAUAUGCUUACAGAGGCCUGUAGGUCACAUGUAGCUUUUGGGUUUUUCUUUAUAUCUCUGAGCAUUAAACAGUCUGAGCUUGGACUGAAUUUACUGGGACGCCCACACGUUGGAAGAUUGGCAAUUGUCUUGAAGGCUCUCCAUUUGUAAACAAUCCUCCUCACUGUAGAAUAGUGAAUUUCAAAUUGUUUGGAGAUGCCCUUAUAACCCUUCCCAGACUGAUGAAAAACAACAAUUGCUGUCCUUUCUUCUGUGUACUCCAGAACACCAAACUAAUCUUGUGCAUUACAUUAGUAACACUUGGCUGCUAAUUACUCUCUUAUUGUUUGUGGAAGUAGGAAGGGUGUAUUUAUUAUUUCCCACCUGAUUUCUGAAUGAUGGUUUACUUUUUUGGGGGGAAAAAAUAACUACAAAUU